CUGGAAAAGUACUUCCAGUUACUAUUAAAUGGACUAAUAUUACUUGUUCGCUCUCUGAUAAAUCCGCAAACACGGUGCGGUUUCUGCUAAAAAAUGUGACAGGAGAAGCCAAACCCGGUAGAUUGCUAGCAAUAAUGGGUCCAUCAGGAUCAGGAAAGACUACUCUUCUCAAUGUUCUAGCAGGUCAAACAAAAGCAUCACCCAAGUUAAAUUUGUCUGGUCUUUUGGACAUCAAUGGGGUGCCAUUUUCAAACAAAAUAUACAAGUUUGCUUAUGUUAGACAAGAAGACCUUUUCUUUUCCCAGUUGACUGUUCGAGAAACUCUCUCUCUUGCAGCUGAACUGCAGCUACAGGACGUAUCUUCAAUAGAAGAGAGAGAUGAAUAUGUGAACAAUCUAUUGUUUAAGAUAGGUUUGGUAAGUUGUGCUGAUUCACGCAUUGGUGAUGCAAAAGUUCGUGGAGUUAGUGGAGGUGAAAAGAAACGCCUGUCGCUUGCAUGUGAGCUUAUUGCCAGUCCAUCUGUAGUUUUUGCUGAUGAACCUACAACUGGACUUGAUGCUUUUCAAGCAGAACGAGUGAUGGAAACCUUAAGACAACUUGCACAAGAUGGACAUACUGUUAUAUGCUCUAUACACCAGCCUAGAGGUUCUGUAUAUGCAAAAUUCGACGACAUUGUUCUGUUAGCAGAGGGCUCGCUCAUUUAUGCUGGUCCUGCACGUGAUGAAGUAUUAGCGUACUUCUCGAAAUUCGGGUACAUUUGUCCAGAUCAUGUAAAUCCCGCUGAAUUUUUGGCUGAUCUAAUAUCUAUAGACUAUAGUUCGCCAGAGAGUGUAUAUUCUUCUCAAAAGAGAAUAAAUGGCCUAGUUGAGUCAUUCUCAGAAAAGAUACCAGAGGUUUUAUAUGCAACUUCACUUGUAAGGGAUAGCUCGAAAACCUGUACAAACUUACAAAAGAAAUCUAUUUCACGUAAAGGUGGUUGGUGGAGACAGUUCAGGUUACUUCUCAAACGUGCAUGGAUGCAAGCUUCUCGUGAUGGACCAACAAACAAAGUUCGGGCAAGGAUGUCAAUUGCUUCUGCUUUGAUAUUUGGUUCUGUAUUCUGGAGGAUGGGAAGAUCACAGACGUCAAUACAAGACAGGAUGGGAUUACUUCAGGUUGCUGCAAUAAACACUGCUAUGGCUGCUCUCACAAAAACAGUUGGUGUCUUUCCCAAGGAACGAGCAAUUGUUGAUAGAGAGCGUGCAAAAAUGUCUUAUGCUCUGGGACCAUAUUUGCUUUCCAAGUUGAUCGCUGAGAUUCCUGUUGGAGCAGCAUUUCCACUACUCUUUGGUGGUAUCCUAUACCCAAUGGCUAGACUUCAUCCUACCAUUUCUAGAUUUGGGAAGUUCUGCGGAAUUGUGACGGUGGAGUCUUUUGCUGCAUCUGCAAUGGGCUUGACUGUGGGAGCUAUGGUUCCAACGACUGAAGCUGCAUUAGCAUUAGGCCCCUCUCUUAUGACAGUUUUUAUUGUCUUUGGAGGGUACUAUGUCAAUUCAGACAACACACCAAUUAUUUUUCGGUGGAUUCCUCGAGUUUCUCUUAUAAGAUGGGCAUUUCAGGGGCUUAGCAUCAAUGAAUUUAGUGGUCUUCAAUUUGAGCAUCAAAACUCAUUUGACAUACAAUCUGGUGAACAGGUACUCGAGCGGCUAUCAUUUGGAGGUAGCCGAAUAGGUGAUACCAUUAUUGCUCAAAGUAGAAUACUCAUGUUUUGGUAUUACACAACUUACCUUCUCCUGGAGAAAAAUAAGCCCAAGUAUCAGCGGCUUGAACCUCCACCACGUCUCAAAGAUAUCGAGGAAGAGCCAGAGGAAGAGGCAAAGCUUCAGCCCGUAAAGGAUGAUGAUUUGCCUGAACCAACUCAACAAGUUGAAUCUCCUCCCUCGGAUGAAGGUGCUAAUCAAAAGGAGAUGCCUGUGCAGUAAAGGGAGGUCUUUCUUAUGUGAGCUAAUUCUAAUAUGAAGUAAAUUUCAUCUCCUUCCUGUUGUCUUUAGGGGUCAAAAGCAUUAGGAAACUCCUUGAAGAUCGUCCAGAAUAUUCAUGAAGUAUGGUAAAUAUGAGCAGAAGUCUAAUGUAAAGUUUGAACUUUUUAGCCUAUUUUCAUAACCAAAAAAAGCGUACUGUUGCUUUGAUCAUUGGAAUCAAAUAAUUUAUAUGAUGAGUUAGUAGGUCGUAUCAAAUGGCAUUUUCAACCUUGAAAUGUAUGGUUGAAGUUUUGCUA